AGAGCAGUGCCGCAGGCCCACUGGGAACCAGCCAGGGGGGACUAGCUGCCUGUGCGUUCAGGACUUAGCCGGACUCCCAGCUUCCUCCCUCCACGCCACUCUGGAGCAGCUGGUGGACUCAAAGAAGCCGGGUUGACCACCCAGGAAGGAGAUGACUGUGCCCCCCAUGGGGCAAGGGGGGUCCAGGCCGGUAUAGGCCCCAACGGCUCGAGCCAGCUGCUGCUGGAUGCAGCUGGGGGUGCAGCAGCCGCCAGGGUGGCUCCCGACCCCCCUGUGCCCUGUGCCAUGGCAGCCGAGGUGCGACUGAAGAAGCUGGAGGAGCUGGCCUUGGACCGGAGUGUCGUCGGCUUGGAGACCUUGGUGGACCUUCUGCUCUGCGUGCAUCAUGAACUCAGCACCUCGCCUCUGGCCCAGGAGAAGUACAUCAUGGAGUUCUUGCAAUGGGCGGAACCGGUGACCGCUAGACUGAAAGAACUCCAGUUGCAACGUGAGGAUUUUGACAUCCUGAAAGUGAUUGGCCGAGGUGCCUUCAGCGAGGUAGCCGUGGUGAAGAUGAAGAGGACUUCUCAGGUGUACGCCAUGAAAAUCCUGAACAAAUGGGACAUGCUAAAAAGGGGCGAGGUUUCCUGUUUCCGGGAAGAGCGGGACGUCUUGGUGAAUGGAGACAAGCAAUGGAUCACGCAGCUGCAUUUUGCUUUCCAGGAUGAGAACUACCUGUAUUUGGUGAUGGACUACUAUGUCGGGGGUGACCUCUUGACGCUGCUGAGCAAAUUUGGGGACCGCAUCCCUAUGGAGAUGGCUCGGUUCUACUUGGCUGAGAUGGUGAUGGCCAUAGACUCCAUCCACCGCUUGGGCUACGUGCACAGAGACAUUAAACCGGACAACAUCCUGCUGGACCGAUGUGGACACAUCCGGCUGGGGGACUUUGGCUCCUGUCUCAAGCUCCGCGAAGACGGAACGGUCUGCUCAACCGUGGCGGUGGGCACCCCGGAUUACCUCUCCCCUGAGAUCUUGCAGGCGGUCGAAGAUGGAGCUCAUUCCUACGGCACAGAGUGUGACUGGUGGUCCCUGGGGGUGUUUGCCUAUGAGAUGUUCUUCGGUCACACGCCCUUCUUUGCUGACUCGGUCGUGGAGACGUACGGCAAGAUCAUCCAUUUCAAAGAGCAUUUCCAGUUUCCGCUCUCAGCCCCGGAGGUCCCGCAAGAAGCCCAGGCCCUAAUUGAAGGGCUGAUCUGUCCUCGAGAGGGGCGGCUGGGGCAGAAUGGGAUACGGGACUUCCAGGAGCACCCCUUCUUUGCUGGCGUGGACUGGGAGAACCUGCGGGGCUACACGCCGCCCUUUGUGCCCGAGUUUGCCAACGCCACGGACACAUGCAACUUCGAUGUGGUGGACGACUGUCUCACUGACAUGGUGAGCGGGGGAGGGGAAACUCUGUCGGACGUCAUGGAGGAGUCUCCGCUCGGGGUGCACCUGCCCUUCGUGGGAUAUUCCUACAUCUACACGGCAGUGAAACAGAAUGAGCCGGAGGAAAGGGGCUGUGGCGAGAUCAGCAUGGAGAUUGACUGUACCAGGAGAACGCCGUCCAGGGAGCAGAUGCCCAAACACCCCCCGGAGGAGCUGACAUACAAACUGCCAGAUGGGCAGAAGCUGGACCUUGCCAUGUUUCUGGAGCUGCAGACAGCGCUCAAGGAAGAGCUGAGGAGCCGGGAGAUGGUGUGUCAAGAGCUCGGUGCGGUCAAGGUGGCCAACCAGACCAUUGCCAGCCAACUGAAGGAAGCCGAGAGCCACAACUUGGAACUGGAAGCUCAGAUCAAACGUCUGGAGGAGCAGAUCGAAGGGAUGAAAAGAGUGAGCGAGGAAGCUGCUCUGGGGUGGAGCCCUCGCCCCCACCCUUUCUUGUGCUGCGUGGAACGCCCCGCUGAUCAAGGCGGCACCAUGGCACCUCGGCUCUGUGAAUACCCGCUUGUGGUACCUCUGUACCGGCACUUGCUCCUCUUUUCGAGGGUACAUAGGCCCUGCAUCGUCAAGGUGGGCUACCUGCUCCUGUGCACCGGCGGGCUCGUCCUGGAGGCCUCCGCUCGCAGCCUGGUGGAAGUCGUUUGAAAGGGCGCCGGUGACGAGACUGUGGGGGCCUGCCUGCCACCUGCAACUUCUGGGGAGGCGGCUUCUGACG